AUGGUAAUAUCUACUGGCAGUACUCAACUCACAACUCUAAAAAACUUUUUACAACACUCAAGGUUUUGGAAAAAGUUGGUACGUUUUAAAGUAUCUGUCCCAAUAACUACUCCGAUUGAACCUGCUGCUGAAGUUUUACACCAUUUACAAUUCACUCAACUACUUCCCUUCAAGAAAGGACUUGAAAUACAGGAAAAAUUUGUUAGAGCUAAUCUAGAUUUCAAGCAAUUACAAAGUAAAAUAAAAAAACAGUUAGCUGAAUUACAAGAAGAAUAUCCUAAGAGUGUAUUGAAUCCAGCUGAGAAAGAAAUUAUUGAUAAUAUUUUAGCUAUGAAACCGAACCCAAUGGUUUUAACUUUCCAAUUUGAACCAACUUAUACAGGCGGAAAACGAAUUAAGAAAAUGAUCACAAAAAAUUUGAUUGAGCAAUUCGAAACCUUUCAACCUACUGGAAAAAGUGAAAAAACUGUUUUGGCACCUAAAUUUGUUCAAACUGAACGUGGUGGUCAAAUCACUUUCCAUGGUCCAGGUCAAGUCGUUGCCUAUUUAAUAUUGGACUUAAAGGCUUUUAAAGAUUUUUCUGCAAAAAGAUUGAUUUAUACCAUUGAACAUGCUGCAAUGAAUACACUUAAAGAAACUAAAAUCUCUGAUACACUAUUAAAUAUUGAGACCAAAUUAACAGAAAAUACUGGAGUUUGGACAAUAUACGAUGCUAAAAUUGCAAGUAUUGGAAUUCAUGUCAGAAGAUCUAUAACAUCACAUGGGGUUUCCAUAAAUGUAAAUACCGACUUAUCCUAUAUGAAUUCAUUUGAUCUUUGUGGGAUCCAUAACGGGAAACAUACAUCAGUUCAAGAACAAAGACUUGAUUUACAAGCAGAUCCUGAAAUUAUUGCUAUAAAUUUUGUCAAACAAUUAGCCAAAUUAUUGGGAAUUAACAAAAUAGAAAGAACUCAAGUGACAAAAUCUGAUACGUUGAAAAAAAAUAAUAAUAAAUAA